AUGCGCCCGUCUUUGGCGCGCGGCUCAGCCCAAGUGCUCAGAAAUCUUGCCAAAGCACGUGCAAGCAGAGAAAAAUACCAGCAAUUGAGCCUCGAAAAGAGUGACCAGCCUGCAAACCCCAACCUCGGCAACCAUGCGGUUGUUCUGCCCCGAUUUCUGGGGAUAAACCCAAUGGAAUCGGCACGAAAGCGACUAGAAGAACUAUUGGACACGCCAGGAGCACGCUAUGAGCAGGUCUGGGAAACCUACCUGGCUCUUCGACAAAUCAUAAAUCUCAACCGGAGCGCGCCAAUACCGCGUGAGACCCUACAAAAGGUACUACGAAAGUGUACACCAGACUGGAAUAGUACACGUAAAUACUGCUCGCACCAGGCAAAUCGCCAGACGAUCUGGCAGAGGCUCGAAAACCCGUUGCCGUUCGGGAACCGACUUUUCGAGAUUAUUACUCACAUGAAAGAAGCAAAUCAGGUACCCCAAAAGGAGGACUUUGACUAUAUGCUCCGCUAUAUGUGGGCCGGUGGGCAUGUGUAUGGCUCAGCUGCGAUACUGGAAAGAAUGGAGAAGGAGGGAAUCACACCAUCCCCUAGUUCAUACAAAUACGCUCUCCAAACUUCCGUAUUCCUGCUGGAGCUGGAUAUUCCAUACUCUGCGCGGGGCACCGUAAGAGAAACAGCAAACAAAUUUGCUGUUGAUAUCCUACAACGGAUGAAGGCGGAGGAGAAGGAGAUCACUCCACCGAUAAUGGAGCUAGCCCUCAGGGUCUUUAGGGUGAACGGCAACGUGGAAGCGGCCGAGGCGCUGUUGCGAGAGAAUUACGCAUUUGACAUACGUAGACCCGACCGUAUGCCAGAGGAAUUCGAGCGCAGACUCAAGGAAGCCGACAAAUCAGGUCUCCCCCUUCCUCAACUUAUGCCGAUGACUACUUCCAUUCUCACCUCGAUGGUACAUCUAUAUGGAAGUCUAGGAGAUAUUCCGAAGAUGAUCACGAUCUUCGAAGUCCUCACAAACCCAUACCCACUUCCGUCCAAUCUUCCUUCGCCGACUUCGGACUGGUGGGACAGCGAGGACGAGUACGAUGUUCCCCAGCCUGUGAACCAAAGGCCACUCCCUAAUCGAAGCGAUUACGUCUGGGAGCCAGCAAGGGCCAGUCCAAAUAACGCGACAUUUGCAUAUAUGCUUCGUCACCUAGCGUGGGCUGGUCAACGAAUGCUCUGCGAGCACUAUAUGCUUCUCGCAGAAGAGUAUGACAAAGCAGAAGCUCUGCGUCUCCAGACCAUGUUGGAUAGUGAGAUACAACGCUAUCAGCCGUCUCAAACUCAGCCCUUGGCCGGCAACGAAAAUGAACAACCCACCGCGGAUGACCUCACUGCACCCCGCUUCUUGAUCACUCCUUUGAUGUUCAUGCCGGUAUUCGCAUAUGCCAAUCACCAGCGAAUUACGGAGCUUAUGCGUUGGAUGAAGUAUCACCUCGCCGAACUAGUCAAAAGGCGAGAGAGUGAGCUCGCAUUCCUCAAGUCGGCUCUUGAUGCUCUUCCGGCUGGACAGGCGUCAACCAGGGGCCUUCCUCUGAAUCAUGACACACAACCUUAUUCGGACUUUAUUGGAAUUGUACCCAGGACGGCACAACGCUCGCCGUUGAAUCUACAAGUUCACAUCAGCCUGGUUGAAGCAUCACUGCAGUCCUUUAGAGCUAUGUUCGAGAAGACUAAUGAUGCUGUUGCACGCAUCACUCAGCGUACAAAGGAGCGUCUGACCCGAAGGGUAUGGAACAACAAGGACAUAUACCUCCGAGACGUAGAUGCGCGAGUUCUGGUAUCUAGGGAAGAAUGGGUAGAAAAAGUUAGAUGGAGACAAUGGACGAAAUCGCUUCCGGGGGCCAGUCUCAUGCUCGAGGCCCCUUCGACUCACGGAGUACCUCCCCGAUGGAUGGACGAGAGGCUCGCGGCUCGUGCCGAGAGCAAGAAACAGAUAGAUACCGGUGAUAAUUGA